AUGAGUCGCAAGAAAGACGAAAAGGAGAAGGCGCACGCAACUCAUUCGCACUCGGGCCUCCGUGGUUUCAUGGAGUCUUCGAUUGUACCGCACAAAGCUUCCCGGAGAGCAUCUUUACCCUACAAAAACGUCAUGGAUCUUGCCAAGGCCUUAUGCAAAACCUGUCGUCAGCGGCGAGCGAGCUAUGCCGCUGGAGUAAUUAUGGCUUUACCAGGAAUUAUUCAGACUUUCCAGCCGGAUGAGUCCGGUCGCAACAGUCCCGCCUCGACGAAGCAUCGCGAUGACCAACAGUCGUCCUCAUCGACUUCGUCGAUUUACGCGAGCAACACAGCUUCAACAUCACCUCAUCGAGGUGGCACAUGUCCACAUCACUACCAACAAGCCAGCGGCAAGUAUAAAAAGAACUCAUCCAGCCGAUCUUCAUCGGGCAAAACCUCUUCUCAAGUACCGGGUAAUCGACAACGAGCUGAAGCCGCGAGUCCCCCGACGCCGUCGAGCUAUUCGUCAAGUUCACGUUCCUUACCGGAAGGAAGACGACCCUCGUGUCACAGUCGCAACCCAAGCGCGUCUUCAUUGAUGGGGGCCAAUGGAGCGAAUCCCACCAGCUCAGUGCACCCUCUCACGGAUCCGAUUAGCCGCUCCGUAUCGAUGACAUCCGUGAACUCGUGCGAUUUCCCUGAGCACCGACACCUCCAUCAGAAUCAUGCAUGCGGUGCGACAACGAGCAGAGGCCAGCAACAACCGCAACAACAAUCCGCAACCCAAUAGGUUCUGAUUCCUCCUCUGUCCGCCGCAGUGACCGGGCCAGCAUCGGGGGCCGCAGUUGUAGAACGGGAGGAUCUCCUGGCUCUCACCCAUGACGUUCGCAACUUCAAGGACGCUCUCGCAAAACUGCGACACGUAUUCGCCGCCGAGCGGGAUAAGCUGAAUAACACGGAGUUGCUCGUCUCUUCACAUGAAAAACUCGGUGAAGUUCUCAAGAUCCUCCGGGGAAUCUUACAGAAAUAUCCGCCGAUACAGAGCUCAGAGCUCCUUCAGAAUGCCAGCAGUCUGAUACAGAAUGUCAGGAACUACAAUUACGAAGAGAGUGAUCCGAACGUAGACAAUAACUCCCAGAUUAUCUAUGACUCCAUCGAGCAAAUCGCUCUUUCAUUCAGUAAUCGUAGUAGAGAAUACUCAAUGGGAAGCUUUCCACAGAGCUGUGAAAACUUGGCGUCUCCUGAUAGCGAUCAUCACAGAGGAUACGAAUCGGUCACUUUGAGUGCACAGGACGUUGACGCUCGAUUGAUGCGCUUGAACGAAGGAGUCGAAUGCGCUCUGCGGAGAGCGAAAGUUUGGUCCAAAUACGCGAAGGACGUCAUGACCUACGUUGAGAAAAGAGCUCAACUGGAAGCGGAACACGCCCGCAAUCUCUUGAAGCUCGCGCAAACGAUGCGACCCCUGCUUAAAGAGGAGAGCUUCUUGCCAUUUCAAUCGAUAUAUUGUACGGCAAUCGACCAAGACCUGGAUAAUGCAAACAACUGUCUGUCCAACUGUACCCUGCUGCACGACCACAAAUUCGUCGAACCACUUGCGGCGGGUCGCGCGGAGCACGAGAAAAUGCGUAAACAAAUCAAGGAAACUUGGCAACGGGAGCUCAAAAAAAUGCAAGAAGCUGAUACGAACGUUAGGAAAUGUCGUCUUCUGUACGUACAGAAACAGCAUGAGUACGAGAAAGCACGAGAGAGAGCGGCGGACGAAGCAGAGCAGAAGCCGGAAAAACGGAAAAUGGAAGAAGAAAUGUUGGUGAAAUCUCGUGAAGCUGAAGCAGCUUAUAAAGCGAGUGUCGUCGAAGCAAAUGACGCUGUAUCGGGUCUCGACAAGACGAAAGCCGAAGUACUGAAACAAGUACGCGAGUUGAUCGCUCAAUGCGAUCAGACAAUGAAGGCCGUGACGGUCGCCUACUUCCAACUACAGCACUCGGUCACAGCACCGGCACCGGUGCAAUUCCAGACCCUAUGUGAAAGUUCGCGCCUCUACGAGCCGGGAUCGCAAUACACCGAGUUCGUGAAGCGGAUUCCGAUGCCGACCAACAAGCCAGAGAAAGCGAUGUACACAUUCGAGCAAUACCGUUCAGAAGCGGAAAUGGGUAGCGAUGAAAAUCUCGCACGCGCCGGACUCCAAGAACGACGACUCUCCACGGACGAGAAGAUCAAGAGGGCUUUAUGGCCCUCGAGCCAUUCCGACUCACGACCGUCCCAGGCAACCGUACAAACUCGCGCUUCAAAUGCCUAUCAAUCAAUGACUUCGGAUUCAGAUUCUGUGUCUUCGAAUAGAAGUCGAGACGCGAGUCCCACAGCGAGUCCCGCGCAACAUAGUACCAUUGGUUUAGUCCACGCGUCGUCGGGCGAUGAGCUUGAAGUCGAGACGGUUGAAACUGGAAUUGGCGUGAAUCGUAAGAUGUGCCUCUCUCGCGCGGCGGAGACUCAUUCCUUCCGGAAGCUGAAGACCCCAUCACGCUGCCGCGAAUGUGAUUCGUAUGUCUAUUUCCAAGGCAUCGAGUGCAGUGAGUGUGGUUUAUCCUCUCACAAAAAAUGCCUCGAAACUCUGGCCAUCCAAUGUGGCCAUAAAAGACUACCACGCCGAAUGACCACUUUUGGAGUCGAGCUCGUGGAUCAUGCUCAAUUCUCAUUCAACUCAUCUGAAGACAACACAGACGAUGUUCCAUUCAUCGUCAGGAAAUGCGUCAAGGAAAACGACAAGCGGGGCUGCAACAUCCAAGGGAUCUAUCGGGUAUCGGCAGCGAAAUCUAAGGUUGAGAAGUUAUGCCAAUGUUUCGAAAAUGGUGCGGAACUCGUAGAUCUCAGUGACUACCAUCCGAACGUGAUCGCCAACGUGCUCAAGCUCUAUCUCAGACAGCUGCCAGAACCGUUGCUCACCUACAACCUGUAUCCGGAAUUCAUCGCGAUCGCGAAGGAAUUCCCCUCGAACAGGGACGACAGUACGGCGGCGGUUGGCAUCUUGAGAAAGACUGCUAAAAAUCUGCCACGCAUCCAUUAUUCAACGCUGGCGUCCCUAUUGAAGCAUCUACGGAGGGUUGCUUCGAACUCUGAAACGAACAAUAUGCCGGCAAGCAAUUUGGGCAUUGUCUUCGGCCCGACUCUCCUUCGAAUGAGGGAGGGGUCUGCUUCUCUGAGUAAUUUAGUCGACACGGUUCACCAAACAAGAGUCAUCGAGCUUCUCAUCACGUACGUUGAUGAAAUCUUCGACACCGACAUGCGGGAUAAGAGCGUGUCGGAUCUACUGAGCUUCCAUAAGUUGAGUGUGGAUUCGGCCAACGUUCCCCGAUCGAAAUCAGGGUCCUUCCGACGCCGGUCCGACCGAUCAGGAUCUAAGAGAUCCAAUAGCAAACCUUUCAGCAAGGACGAUUCUAAAUUACAUGCAUCGAAUAAAGAAAACUCCAAGGAGAGCGGAGGUCUUCUGAGUGCUACCAGCGCGACGAACAUCACAUCCGGUAUGAGCUCUUCCUCUCAUGCUCUCAACAGCGCUUCGUACGGCGCGGAUAAUUUCCCGAAAUCAUCCGCCGACGCCUCUCAAAGCGCGAAGCCAUUGAGCAACGAAAUCAAAUGCACACUACCACAGAAGCUCAUCGAGAAGAGUCUUCAUGCGACAUUGUCGCUCCCGCCUGAAGUUUCCAACGAGAGAGAUGACCAACCUGUCAUCAGUAGACAGGAGAAGAUGUCCCAGGUGGGCCGUAGUUCACUGAACAUCAAGGAAACGACCGGAAAAGCAGCAUCCAUGGCAGAACUCAGAAGACAGUUCUUCGAGAGUCCCGCUGUCAGUCUCGACACGAAUACAUCGGGCGAAGCGGCGGUGCCCAAAGCUCCAUUGGCCCAGGCGGAAGACGGCGGUGGUGUUGGUGGUAGUGUUUCGUCGUUAUGCUUGUUGUGUGAGUCUCACUCGGCCGUCGAAAUGGCGACGGAACGAAACCACGAGAACUCUACAUUCUCCGCAGAAGGGAUGCAGGCACCAGCUCUCGAUAGCGAGCACCUUGAUUCACCCAGCGGAUUGAGAUCACAUGCGGCACUUCGUGAAAGCCCCUCGCUCCGCAAGCGCUGGUAUAGCGCGGGAGAAGAUUGCACCGAGGCAGUAGCGCGGUUGAGAGAUAGCGAAAAACAAGACACAGGAUCAUCUCCCCCCAGGCCGCUCGGGCCAUUGGAACAGUCAGGUUCUCUACGGGAGUUCGGAUCGGCAGUCGGACCUGACACGGAUCUGAGACAACCACGUUAUGUGUGAGAUAGAUGUUGAAAAAGGUAUCUUCUUCGCGACCCAGGCCGGCUGCUCCGAAAGGUCCGCGGAUUUAGCAAUUCAGAGCUUCGACUAUUGUUCCCUAUCGAGGCGAGCGAGAGAUCAAUCGACAUGUCUGUUGUUCGUUCUGUAGACUAU